GCGACGUGUUUAGCGAGUAUUUCGUUUCUGAAAUAGGUUAACCGAUAAAAGUUGAGGUAUAUCAAGAAAAGUAUUAAGAUAAUUUGAUUUGUCAAUGUUAUAGAAAAAUAUUAUGACUGCGUUGAAAUAAUUCAAGUCAAUGAAACGCGGUUUAAUGUUCGAUUAAUCGCAGGAAACUUAGAUAAUGGCUGAAAAUGUUGUUCAGUGUGAUGAGUUGAUACGUUCUAUCAAAACACUGCUUUGGGGUAGUUCUGUCAAAGAAGAUGUGUUCAAACGAUGGGCGCAAGGAUUUUAUUUUAGCCCGGAUGAACCUACAGCAUUGAUACAAGAAAAAGGUGGUCCAUGUGCUAUUAUAGCUCCUGUCCAGGCAUUUAUUUUGAAAGUGUUACUUUCUGAAUGUGAUAUUUCAAUCUGGAGAAAUAUUAACCAGGACAAAUGCUACCAACUUCUUGUGCAAGCUUCUGUUGAAAUUUUAAAACAAGCUGCAGGAGAAAAGGUCCCAAAGUUCUUAAUUGUGUACAUGGAUUGUAAAUUAUCAAACAAGAACAAUGAGGAAAAGAGUAGACUGUCUGAGAAUACAUCACAAACUGAACAGGAGGAGAAAAAAAAUGUAGAAAAUAAGGAGAGCCAGGAGGAAAAUGAAGAAUUGUUAAUGAAGGAAGUGAACGAGGAAUGUACCAAUGUGGAAUCUGAUUCUUUCCACUCCCAAUUGAGGUUAUUUACAACAAACACCUCGGAACAAGUAGAAGAAUUUUUUUCCGAAAAAUUGGAAAUGUUGAAAGCCAAAUAUGGUGUCUUAUUACUUCUUUAUAGUGUAAUUGGUACAAAGGGUAUCACUGAAAUUCGUUCUGAAAUGUCAGAUCCUUCAGAGUCAAUGAUUGAUUCCACAUAUGGUUAUGGAAAUCAAAGUCUCAUAAAUUUGAUGCUCACAGGCAGAGCAGUCAGCCAUGUAUGGGACCAUGAUCAAGAUAUUGGAGGCCUCAAAUUGCGAGGAAUAGAUAAGCAAAAUACUAUAGGUUUUCUUGCACUUCUGGAACAUUUAUGUUACUGUGAAGUAGGCACAUUCUUGAAGUCACCAUCGUAUCCUAUUUGGGUAUUGGGUUCAGAGACUCAUUUAACUGUACUAUUUUCUGACGAGAAAAGGCUAGUAAGCCCUGAAACACCUGCAGAUCAGGCAAAAAGGAUUUUCAGAAAAUUCGAUCCUGAAGGAAAUAAUUUUAUUCCUGCUAAUUUGCUUCAGGAUGUUCUUGCUGAACUUGGAUUAGUCACAGAUCCUGAGUACGUUAAUGUAAUGAGGAAAAAGUUAGAUAAUGAAAACUUGGGAAUUAUUUUACGUAGUUAUUUUAUGGAUGAAUUCUUUCCUGAAAAACCUCGGACUUGUCCAGACACGUUCCCCUUGUAUCAUUAUAAUGGACUUCGGCACAGUAACCCAAACAACAAAGUGAUGUAUCAUAAAGGACAAGCGGUUUUAUUAGAAUGUACUAUUAAGGCAAUCAUGGAAAGUAAUCCAAUGUUAACGGUACUUCAAACAAAAUGGCCCAGAAUUGAAAUUCAGUGGGAUAUUGGACAAAAUCCGAGCCUCAAUUAAAUUAGUUUGCUUGGAUUUGAUUUGUGAGAACAUUGUUAGAGUUCCUAUGUAAGGAAACAAAGGAAAACGUAAUAAAACAAUUUAAAGAACGAGAGAUAAGUAAUUUAAACAUAAUCAGAGAAAGGUUGUUUGCGUUUUUAAGAAAACGUGGAACUAAUUUUCCAUAGAAAAAAGGAUUUGUCGAAGCUUUUGAAUAACAGAUAGAAUUUUAUUUAUUGUUUGAUAAAAAUAUUGAAACACCAUUAAUCUAAUACUAUAAAAGAUUAAGUAAUUGAUCCAAAUGAUCACCGAAUUUGUUCUUUUAGCUUUUAAAAAGUUUGCAAUUAGUUUUGCAAACUAUUGUAUGUGCAACAUAUUUUAGGGUUUUGUAACGAACUUCGUUGCAUAAUAUUGUGAGCUAAUUUCCAUUUCACGAAAUUUACAUUCGAUUCUGAACUUCAGGUCGAACUUACUAAUUCUACUAAAAGAAGGAAGCGAUGUUAAACGAUAAUUAUGAAACAAAAACAAUUCGAACAUGAAAUGUAAGAAACAUAGUCACAAAAAAGAGGUGAAUGGAAAUAAAAUGUUUAAUAAAAUAUGUACAAAUCUACGAAGAUUGUAUUCGUAGUUAAAUGUAUACGUUACUUUAAAAUUGUAGUCUAGUCACCUUAUCGGCAUUUCAAUAAUUUUGUGCUUUUGUUUUUUAUAUCAAAAAUGAAGUGUUCAGAGUAAGUUUUGUAUUUUUUUUAUAAUCAGCAACACUAGCAAAUGUUCCAGUUAUUUCUUUACUGUCAGUGUCUUACAAUGUAUAAAAGAACUUUUUAACCAUCGGCAAAUUUGUCAUUAUAAAGAUAUACGCAUAAAAUAACUACCACUCA